AUGGUGGGCGGAAAGCACUCUGUGCACUCAGAGCCUGUGAGCACUUUGAAAGGCACUUUAGUGAACAGGGAUAAGAGACAACGUACUCGCAGAACGCAAGAUACGAUCGGCUGCCGACGAGGGUGUAUACUAGUCAGAUGUGGUUCCACGUUGCAGACAAAGUACAUGGAAAAAGUCCUGACGGAACUAUACACCCCUGAUGGAUCCCCUGAUGUAUAG